AUGUACGCAUUCAAAACAUUAUCAUUGGCAUUCCUCCUCCUGGUAGCCAACGUUCAAGCCGGGAAGAUUACAUACACAUGUUACAACAAGACCGGUGGAAUCAAAAAAGAUGGGCUUCUUGAACAAAAAGCCGGCGGAACAAUUCCCGAUGAUCAAGUUCAAGUCGUUGAAGACGGCAUGAAAACAUGGUCCCAUGGCAAAUACACAGCCUCGGUCAACAAACGCACCAAGAUUCUUGUGGUCAAGUGUGUCGAAAAGGUCGAGAAUAAGGACCUCGCUACCGCGGCAAACAAUGAGCAGCAACAGCUUGUUAACAGUCACAUCAAGAAAACUAAGCGUGAUGAUGGAGAUGACUUGGAUGUGAAUGUGGAUGAUCUCGAGGUGGAUGAUUUGGAGGAUGACGAUGAAGAUGAUGUUGAAUAUGUAUUCUAA